AUGGAUGCAUUUAUGGAACAACUACGGGUACUUCAAACUCAUUUCGAUGCGCUUAGUAGUGAGCAACACAAGGAUGCGUUAGCAGCAGUGGCGGAGGCAGUCACUUCAAUGAAGGAUGCUAGUGUUCGACGACGCUUUGAAAAAGAAGUUGAGCUGACUUUGGCUUGGGAAGCUGAAAAAAUGAUCGUGGAACGCUUCGCUGGAGAAUCUUCGCUUACGGGUUUGUAUGACGAACCAUCAACAUCAGGAUUUGGUUUCGAAGCGGUUCCGUCGAUUUUUGACGCAGGUGAUGAGUUUACUUGGGCGCAUUCAGAGGUGGAACAUCAGCCAGAAACCCAUUUGCAACCUCGAGUCUUGAAUCAGCAAGCAGUGGAGUACUCAUAUGAACGUCAUGGUGACAGCACUGAGCAGUCAGCCCUUUCUGAGGUUGCCAUCGAUGCUGCAAUGACAUCUCGCACGACUUCGGAACAAGUCUCAGCGGCUUCGGACGUGAUCACGUCAAGAUCACCAGGAAAGGAAAAUCGCUUUAAUUGCGCAACAUGCGGCUAUCAAGGAAAUAACAGAAAGGCGUUGUAUAGACAUGGAGUGAAGACUGGCCAUCUGCUGAGAACUCCGCAGUAUUCAGGUUCCAAAUCUUGCAAAUUGUGUCCUUUUCGCACCAAUAAGACGUUCAGUCUCAAUCGUCAUAUGAGACGUUUCCACUCGCCUAAAUGAAGGUAGGGAUGU